CGCUGCGGAUCCCCACCCCGGCGGCGCGAGGGCUGGUGCACAGCAGAUGUGGGCAGAGCGGAGAGGCGGCGGCUGCGCUCCCGCGAGCGCCCCCCGCGCCGUGCCGCCGCCGGAGAUGGAGGGCGCCGAGCUGGAUGCUGGCCGCCGCCCCUCUCCCCAGCGCUGCCUCUCGUGCGGCUCCCAGCCGGGCGCCGCCGGCAAGGGAGCCGCGGCCAUGCAGGAGCCGGCGGAAGAGGCUCCAUCCUCCGAGGUGACGGCGGCGCCGGAGCUGAGGAAGCAGCAAGGGGUGAAGAGGCAUCAUCACAAGCACAACCUGAAGCACCGCUACGAGCUGCAGGAGACCCUGGGCAAGGGCACCUAUGGCAAAGUCAAGAGGGCCAUCGAGAGGUUUUCGGGCAGAGUGGUUGCAAUAAAAUCCAUUCGUAAGGACAAAAUUAAGGAUGAACAAGAUAUGGUUCACAUCAGACGGGAGAUUGAAAUCAUGUCAUCCCUCAGCCAUCCUCAUAUCAUCACUAUAUUUGAAGUGUUUGAAAAUAAAGAUAAGAUUGUGAUAAUCAUGGAGUAUGCAAGCAAAGGGGAGCUGUAUGAUUACAUCAGUGAGAGGCGGCGGCUGAGUGAGAGGGAGACAAGACACUUUUUCCGGCAGAUUGUCUCCGCUGUACAUUACUGUCACAAGAACGGUGUUGUCCAUAGGGAUUUAAAACUGGAAAACAUCCUUCUUGAUGACAGUUUUAACAUUAAGAUUGCAGACUUUGGUCUUUCCAACCUCUAUCACAAAGACAAGUUUCUGCAGACCUUUUGUGGGAGCCCACUGUAUGCUUCCCCAGAAAUUGUUAAUGGAAGACCCUAUCGAGGCCCAGAGGUUGACAGCUGGGCCCUUGGUGUAUUGCUUUACACUCUGGUUUAUGGAACAAUGCCCUUUGAUGGCUUUGAUCACAAAAAUCUGAUCAGGCAGAUCAGCAGCGGAGAAUAUCGUGAGCCAACACAGCCCUCAGAUGCUCGUGGUCUGAUCAGGUGGAUGCUGAUGGUGAACCCUGAGCGACGAGCAACCAUCGAAGACAUAGCCAAUCACUGGUGGGUUAAUUGGGGCUACAAGAGCAGCGUUUGUGACUGUGAUGUCUUGAAAGACUCAGAGUCCCCACUGCUGGCUAGGUUUAUUGAUUGGCAUCACCGUUCGACAGGUCUGCAGCCAGAGACUGAUACCAAAAUGAAGUGCCUUUCUAAACCCAAAGGUUCUGAAGUUACGCUGGAGCGACAGAGGUCCCUGAAAAAAUCAAAGAAGGAAAAUGACAUUGUGCAAUCGAUCCAGGAAGGAGGGGCUGAGAAUGCAUCCAAACCAACCUCCAAGAGGCCCAAGGGCAUCUUGAAGAAAAGGAGCAACAGUGAGCAUCGGUCUCACAGUGCAGGAUUCAUUGAAGGAGUGGUCAACCCUGUGUUACCCUCCACUUUUAAGAUAGAGCAAGAACUGUGUAGGACUGGUGUAGUCAUUAAGAGUGCCAUGGAGGGAGAGAUAGCAAGUAAAUACGGCACUAAAGCAUCUUCCCUCAUGCCAAAAAAAGGAAUCUUAAAGAAGACUCAGCAGAGAGAGUCUGGCUACUACUCUUCUCCAGAACGAAGUGAAUCUUCUGAAUUGUUGGACAAUAAGGAUGAGACAGAAAACAGUGACACGUCCCCAGGCAUCACUGAAACAUCAAGAAUUGGGUCUCAUAGCCAUUCCUAUAGACGUAAGGGCAUCUUAAAACACAACAGCAAGUAUUCCACCAGCAGCAUUGACUCUGCUUUGGUCAGUCCUGAAACACCGAUGGUGGAAGCCAUGGAAGAAGGAGUCCUGCCUGGGGAUAGAUUAUCUCGAAGUUACAGUCGCCCUUCUAGUGUGAUUAGUGAUGACAGUAUUUUGUCCAGUGACUCCUUUGACUUGCUAGAUUUGCGAGAGAGCAGGCCAAACAGGCAAAGGAUACGGAGCUGUGUCUCUGCCGAAAACUUCCUCCAGAUCCAAGAUUUUGAAGGACUCCAGAACCGCCCACGCCCACAGCAUUUGAAACGUUAUCGAAAUCGGCUAGGGGACAGCAGUUUUUCCCUUCUCACGGACAUGGAUGAUGUGACUCAGGUCUACAAGAAAGCUCUGGAGAUCUGCAACAAGCUCAACUAGCACAGUGGAGAGGGUGGGAAGGGAAGGGAAUUGUCAUGUGUACCUUUAUGAUGGAGUUAGCCUGGUUACCAAUUUGCUGACAGUGGUAGGAUCAUCAAAAUGGGGUUGAAUGCGCAUACUCAUCUGAAAAUCUUGAGAUAUGUAAAAACCCCAAAGACUUCUCUUGAGCAUUAUGCAAACUCUCUUUUAGUUUGCUUUAUUAAAGUAUUACCUAGUUGCCCAAAGAAAACAUUCAUAUGUCAUGCAAACAUACAGCACCUAACACAGUGGGGUCCCAGUCCAUGAUUGGGAUUUCUAAGUGCUGCGAUUGUAUAAAUAAAUAAAUAAUAAUACCAGAAUCUGGCAGACAAAGGCAUAAUGUAGACAAAUUCAGAUUGGAAAUAAGGCAGGUAUUUUUAAUAGUGAGAAUAGUUUACUAGUAGAGCAACUUUCCCAAGGGAGGUGGUGGAUUCUUCAUCACUUAAAUCUUUCUCAAUAUUGGAUGUCUUUCUAAAAGAUAUACUCUAGUUCAUCCUGAAGUUAUUUGACUUGAUGCAGGGAUUAUGGGGUGAAAUAUCUAUGGCCUAUGUUAUGCUGGAGGCCAGACUAGAUGUUCACAAUGGUCCCUUCUGGCUUUAAAAAUCUCUGAAUUUGCUUUAGGAAGGGUAGUUUUAAAUAGUCACACUUAGUGUCAUGUGCCUAGAAAAUUUGAGGCAUGUGGCUACAAAUUCACAUCUUCCAUCUACCAUGUCAUUCUCCUCACUAGCAAGGGGCACAGAUUCGUAUCUGACCAUCAGUACUAAUAGUGAAAAAAUACAAGAACUGAAACCAUAGUAUGAGCUAGAAAAGGAUGACCAUUGCAAAUGGCUAGUUGAUUUCUGCCCCACACCCUCCAACAUAUUUACUAGGUUUGUGACAUUUUCCAGAUUGCCAGCCAAACAAAUGCCUAGGAAGGGGUGUGUUUAUCACAUUCUCUCAAGGGUUAAUUAAGCACAAGAUCCAGAUUUCAGUCACUUUCACUGUCAGCAAAUGGUGCCGCCUUGCUUAUUAGCAUGUAUCUGAGAGUGGAGAAUAGUUUGCUUCUAGAAUGUUAGCUUAAGAAAAGGUUGUAGCAUGUAGUAAAUGGACAGAGGACUGAGAAUCAAUGAGAAUGUGCCUUUUUCCAAAUAAGAAUGUUUUGAAGUAGGUAGCAGUGGAACAGAAGGAAUUUGACUAUGAGUGCUGGAAUGAGAACAGUAGGCUCGACAAGGGAUUUGUUAUAAAAAUGCAGGUAUCUAUUUCUAUUUGUAAUGGGUACUGCAUGAGCAGUGGUAUCAGUCUGAAAAGGAGAAAAAUGUACACGUUUCCUUGGAUAUAUCUAAAUAUCCAGACUUAAGGCUUCAACUCCCAUAAAGGUACCACUUGGGUCUACUGGAUUACCUGAAUGUAAGCCUCAGUUAGCAAGGCACUAUGCGUUUGACAGGCCUGGGCAAACUGGAGUCAUAUGGCCAGUUUCAGAUCUCAUUUACAUGAACAUAUGGCCCUGGGCUUCAUUCGGGCUGCACUGGUGUGACUGGGGGCAGAAUUUGGCCUGGAGGUCAAAUUGGCUACAGCUCUAACAGUCCAAACACACAAACAACUGAAGGUUAAAGGGCCAAAUUCUGCUCUCAUCUUUACCCCAAGACUUCAGCUGGGAGCUGAAUUUGGCCCACUCUCUCUGGGCAUGCUCUAAAAUCCUAAAAGCCAUAGAGAAAUAGUACCAAGUUCCAUUUGGAUUAGCUGAGAAUCCAGAAUAGCAAUGUGAAUAAUUUAAGACAGAACAAAGAACUGCUUUAUUGCUCAUUGCUUCCCAGCUUGCAAACUCCUUAUUUUGUGUGUCACAGUACUUUACUCUGUCAGCUCCUCCUUAAAAUCAGCUGGAUUAACAGGCACAAAGCUGGGUGAGUUUUAAUUCCUGAAUUGCCUCUUCUAUCUCAAUGGAGAGGUUUUUUCCUCCAGUAGACACUUGGCCAAAAUUCAGCCCAGGUGUAAAAGGCAUCUGUGGUGCUGUGCUCACACAAAGCAAGGCUAAAUGCUCACUGUUUGUGCUCUGAAGAAGGGGGAUUUCAGUCCAUUCUUUUAUUUAUGGAUAUGUUUCGGUAUGAUGAGGCAUCCUGUCCUCCCAAGGGUUUACAUGUAUUGUUUCUGCCUCUUCAAAAAUCCAUGUACUAUUUUGAAGGGUGCAAAGUUAACAGGUGUGCCAUAUUCCAUUUAAGGGAAAUGUGAACUAGAGACCACAUGGUUUCAGCAAUUCAGGUGAGCUUUGCAGCCUUGGGCAAAAGAUGUUCUUUUAACUAUAUGCCCUGGAGUGUAAGGUGCCAGACCCUGAGCUGGUGUAAAUCAGCCUACUUCCCUUGACCUAAUGGAGCCUGACUUCAGUAGACCUAAACUGAUUGACACCAGCUUUGAAUCUGGCUCUAAAUGUGUAAAUGAUUUAUACAGGUUUUGAGAUGAAGGAGACGGACCUCAGCUUGCUGUUGUGAGGAACUGAGAAGCACCCCAAAGGCUCAGAUCGCCUUAGAUUUUUGCCCAGGCCUGCCAUCUUGUGUACAAAUGUGAAUGAAUGAUUGACUGCUUGCUGCCAAACUGGAAAUGUCAUGUAGGGAUUUACUGGCAUGUUAUCAUUCCUAGAAGAAUAGAAAGAAAAAAAACUUGACUGCACAUUAUUAUUAGUGUUGUGAUUUUUAUUUAAUUUUUUUGUAAUACAAAGUUGACUUUUUUUUAUUUGAAUUUGUCUUUUUUUAUUUAUUGGUCUGAAAGCCAUUUCAAAUAGGUAUAAUAAUAUAUUUGGUGUAAUUUAAUUGGUGCAACAUUAUUUUACAGCUGCAGCCAAAAUGGUUUUGUUUUGUUUUCCACUCAUUGGUUGGCUCUAGAAGGCACACAGGGAAAACGCUGGAUAAUCACCCAAAGUGUUUGUAUUUUUAAUCUGAUACUGUUUUUUGUUAAAUAAAAAUAAAAUGAA